AUGUCUUCAUCAAACAAUCACACCAAGGCCGUUUCCGAAAAUGGUGAUGUUGCCACCUCAGAUGCAGAUUUAGCCCAGGCCUUGAAAGAACUUCAACGCGGCGAAAAGACAGCACAGAUGCUCGAAUCUAACCUCACCAACCUCGAAAAGAAGAUAGACGAUCUCCUAGCGAGCUUCGAGGCUCAGGGCUCGGCGCAGCCCGAGACGAAUCCGCAUGCUGCCACUAGCAAUCAGGAGAAAACAGGCGAGGAUGGUCACAAGGAGUCUUGA